AUGUCUUCAGUGGUUGGUAGCGAUACAGUUGUUGCCGAGAAAGCAGGAGCUGGUUCAGCAAAGCAAGGACUUGGUUCUCGAGCAACAUCAAAAGUAACAUUCCGUGAAGGAGACGGAAAGCAAAAGCCACAUUCAUCAGCUCAUCCGACUGAAGGCGAACGUCAUUCGCCAAGUUCAGGAGCAGGUCUUCAAUUUCAACAUCAACAACUUGGUGACUUAAAAAAGAAAGAUGAUAUCAAUCCAUUUAAAUUUUCACCCGAUGUCGAUUUUUGUGCGUUAAGUCAACUUGAUAAACGUGAAAAAGCACAAGAACGUGAACGUAUGCAAAAUCUUAAAGUACAUGACAAACUAUCGAAAGCUCAACGUCUUAUGAAAGGACGACGCUUCCGUGUUUUGAAAGAAAUCGACGAAGAAGUUGAAAACGAACGUUCUCAAAAUAAAGAAAAUCGUGUUGCAUCCAUGCGUGAUAAUGCACCAUGGCUCGUUGCGAUCACUCGUAAUCGCCGAGUUGAAAAUGAAAGUUUACAAGAAUUUAUUGGAAAAAAACGUAAUAUGUUUGUCUUACAAUAUGAAUUAACAGUUAAACGUACUGAAAUGCGUAAACUUGAAGAAAUAACUGCUGCAGAAGAACAACGAAUUGAAAAAGCAGAAAAAGAUUUAGAAGAAGAUGCUCAUAUGUUCGAUCAAUUCUUAGCAGCAAACAAUAAAAAUGCAAAUGAAGCAGCUCGUUUAGCUGAUGAAGAAGCCCGUAAAAAAUUAGAUAAAGUUACGGAAAUCAAACGUUUACAUGGACAGAUAACUGCAUUAAAAAGUGAACUUGUUCGACGUGAGGAUGAAUUGAACGAAUUAAAACAAUAUAAACAAUUUCUUGAUCAAAUUACACCAAUAGAAUGGAAAGAAGAACGUCGUAAAAAGCUCGAUCUCGAACGUCUUUCACGUCAAAAACUUGAGACACAAUCUGUAUCAUCUGAUGAUCCAACAAGUAAAUCCGGCAGUCGUCCACAAAGUCGUGUAGUCGAUGCAAAAGGUGGUAAACGUGGCCUUGGACUUAUAGCUCAAAAAACUCUUGGCAAUCGACGUCAGUCAACCACUUCAUCGCAUGAUGUAGAAUUAAGCACUAAACAUGGAAGUGAAAUGGACAUGGCUAAAACUUCCUCGGAAAUGAAUUCGAUUGAUUUAGAUAACGAUUUUGAAUUAUUUUUUACAGAUCCUCAACAAUUAUUGGCGAUAUUUACUGAACUUGAGGAACAAAAUUUAUCAUUAAUACAAAAUAGUCAAGAUCAUGAGGAACAAUUAGAAGAAAUAACUCGAGAAUUACAGAUAACAAUGGAAAAGAAAAAUAUUGAAACAGAAUCUUUACAACGGCAAGUUAACCAUUUAGAGCAAGCAAUUGAAUUAGAAGAACAAAAAGAAAAGGAAUUGAUGGCGAAAGUUGGUGCUCAUUCAUUGGUUAAUGAUGACGGUAAACAAGAUGAAUAUCUUACACAACUAUCAGCAGUUAUUAGUGAUGUUUAUAAGAAAAUUUUCAAUGAAAAUCCUGUUACAAGUGAUCCAUUAAAAAAUCUUGCAUCUAUUGAAAAUCGUCUUGAAGAAUUAUUUCAAGAAAUUGAUCUUAUGGAUCCACAACGUUUACAAGAAGCUGAAAAAGGCAAAGAAAAAGAACGACGUAUUCGUUUACGUGAACAGAAGAAACUCGAAGAAGAACGAGCUACCGAAGAGAAGAAACGUAAAGCUGCACUACGAGCUAAAGAACCACCUAAGAAACAUGUUGGCCGUCCAAUAGCUGAACGAUCAAGACCACCAGAAUUGAAAAAAGCCGAUCAAGAUACAAUCAACAAAACAAACGAAGAAGAAGAGGAACUUGCUUAUUAUUUUACUUGA